ACAAAAAAAUUGGAAACUUACUAAAUCGCUUCACUACUAAGGAAAUAGUGUCAAGAAGUAAUUUGACUUCUGACGAAUUAAUUUCAAAAUGCUGUUGUAAAAUAAGCUAUAAAAUUGGAAGUGAUUGGUAUCGAUGGGGAAGACACCUAGGCUUAAGUGAUUCAGAUCUUGAUAAUAUUGACUCUGAUUAUAUAAAGUGUUAUGAGAAAGCUGACAAUGUUUUAAAAAAAUGGAAACAAAUAAAUGGUUAUUUUUCAUGGGAGCAAUUAAAAAAAGAGUUAAAAGCUUUUAAGCGGCUUGAUAUAGUGGUUGAAAUUGAGAGAGAUUUCAGAGAGACUUCAAAUUUAUUAGAAGUUGCUAACAGGUUUUCUGCCAAAAAAGAGACUUCUAAUUCACCAGAAGUAGCUAGCAGAUUUUCUGCCAAGAAAAAUUCUUCAAAUUCACCUGAUAGAGGAGUUCGUGUCAAUAAAGAUAUAUGUGUAGCACUAAAAAAUUAUUAUCUGAAAAAUUAUGGGAAAAUAAAUGAAUUUCAACCACUAUUAAAAGCAUCUGCUAAUGUUGAUCUAAUACAUAAAUUUGUUGAUCUAUGUAUUGUUGAUGCAUAUAAUGCUCAAAUGAACGUUGUUUGUAGUGUGGAGCGAAAAAAAUUUCUUGAAAAGCAAAUGAGUUUUACACCAAUUCCAUACAGUGACAUUUUUAUGAACGAAAAGUCUGUAAUAUUAGUAUCUGGAAUAGCUGGUAUUGGGAAAACAUGGUUGCUCAAAAAGUGUUUGCUUGAUUGGUCAAAUAAUUUAAUUUGGAAAAAUGUUGAACAUGUUUUUUAUUUGGAAUGCAGGAGGCUUAAUCAAUAUCAAAAUAUUUCGAAUAUUAAUGAAUUGCUACAUGUUUUUUAUAAAGAUAUUGUAAAUGGUUUUUAUAUUAGUAAGCAUAAUGCAUUGUUUAUAAUUGAUGGAUUAGAUGAAUUUAAAUAUUUAAAUGAGUUAAUAAAUCAAAGUUCAAGUUGCAACUAUCCGAUUGUUAAUGCUUUAACAGAAAUUCAAAAUUAUAAACAUGUUGUUGCUGGUAGAGUUUAUGCAAUGUAUAAAUACCAAUAUAUAUAUACACAACAUAGUGAUAAGUUAACCGUUCAAAUAAUGGGGUUUAACAAAAAUGGGAUAAAUAACUAUGUAGAAACUCAUGUUAGGGGAAAAAAAAAAGAUGUUUUUAAAGCAAUUUUGAAAGAAUCUCCAAUUGCAAAAGUUAUGGCAUCUGUUCCAUUUUAUUUAUCUUCAAUGUGUAAAAUUAUUAGUGAUUCAAAUAAAAUAUAUACAACCUCUUUCUUAACAAUGACAGACUUGUAUGCAAAUAUUUUUUUAUAUUUUCUGCAAAAACACAUUAUCAAAAACAACGGAUUAGUUUAUCAAAUGAUGGAGAAUAAAAACAAUAAGAAAUAUGUAAUAAAAACAAUAAAUAAAUAUUAAACAUUUGUAGGAUAGCUUUUGAAUUGUUUAUUGAAGAUAAAUUUAUUUUUUCAAAAGAGGAAGUUUUAUUAUUUAUUAAUGACUUUAAUGAAUUUGAAGAAAAUAUUUUUGGUUUUAUUGAAAGGGUUGAAACACAUCUAGGCUAUCAUUACCAAUUCGCCCAUUUGACAAUAAUGGAGUUUUGUGCAUCUGUAUAUGCAUACAAUUGUUUAAGUAGUGAUGAAAUAAUGGCCAAUGCAAAGCUGAGGAGUUGUUUAUCAAUGAUUUGUGGAUUAGCUAAUAAAAACCAAAAUAGUUUAUUAAAGUUUCUUAUUUACCUGAAUCCUUCAAAAAUGUCUUAUGAGGAGUCUUCAAUUUUGUUGCCUAUUUUGGAUCGCCUGAGUAAAAAUUAUUACGACAAGGAUUUAUUCAUUGAAUGUUUUUAUGAAAGUCAAUCAUCGUUUACUGUUAAAAUAAUAUCAAUCGUCAAUGAACGAUGGUUUGAUUGGUGUAUUUGGAUUAACAAUGGGAAAACUUCUUACGAAACCUCUUGCGAUAAUUAUUUCAUAAAUCAUUACAUUAAAACUGGAAGAAAGUUAAGGAUGGAAACCGAAAAACAAGAUUAAAUGGUUGGGGAUAAACAUCUCAAGUAAUUUAAUGACAAAAAAAGAUUUUGAAGAAAACUUUCUUCCUUGGAUUAAUCUUUGCGAAGAAUUACAUCUUAAACUUCACAAAG